UAUUGAUUUGCCUAGCUAUUGUAAUUUUUUUUUUUUGACAGGACCCAACUACAGCAAUUGAGUAAGACUUAAUAAAAAAACAAAUGUGCAAGUAAGGACAUAUAUUAUGUGCUCCUAGUCUCCUACAAGUUACACCUACAAAACAAAAACCAAUUAAAAAAAAAAAAAAAACUGUGAAAUCUAAAACCCUGAAUUGGGGGGUUUAAAGAAUUAAAGAUCCCACACAAGUAAAAUCCUUGAAAUCUCCAUUCUUCCAUUUCUAAGCUGACGCUUGACAGCUGAGGAGGAGGAACAUCUUACAGCAAUGGUUAGAGGACCACUCCUCCGUUCCCUAUUCACCGCCGCCAGAAAGUCCACCACCAACACCACCGCAACCAACAAACCCUACGUAACCUCUCGCAUCUUUCCUCACCUUCGUCCUUAUUCCACCGCCACCGCCGCCAACGCCGCCGCCGGUAACAUCAACCCGUCCUUAGAUCCCUCGCGCCUUCGUAAUGUUGCGGUUAUUGCGCACGUUGACCAUGGCAAAACUACUCUCAUGGAUCGGCUUCUUCGUCAGUGCGGCGCCGAUAUCCCUCAUGAACGUGCCAUGGAUUCUAUCUCGCUUGAGCGUGAGCGCGGUAUCACUAUCUCCUCCAAGGUUACAUGUGUUUCAUGGAAAGAUAAGGAGUUAAACAUGGUUGAUACUCCUGGACAUGCAGACUUCGGUGGGGAGGUUGAGCGAGUUGUUGGCAUGGUUGAAGGUGCAAUUUUAGUUGUAGAUGCUGGUGAGGGUCCACUUGCCCAAACAAAGUUUGUUUUGGCAAAGGCGUUGAAAUAUGGGUUGCGUCCUAUACUACUAUUGAACAAGGUGGAUAAACCUUCAGUAUCUGAAGAGAGAUGUAGUGAAGUGGAAAGCCUGGUGUUUGAUCUAUUUGCAAAUCUUGGUGCUACAGAGGAACAGUUGGAUUUUCCUGUUCUCUAUGCUUCUGCAAAAGAAGGAUGGGCAUCAUCAGAGUACACCAAGAGCCCCCCUGAAGAAGCUAAGAAUAUGUCGGAUUUGCUUGAUACCAUAGUCAGACAUGUUACUCCACCAGCAGCGAAUCUUGAUGCUCCUUUCCAGAUGCUGGUCUCCAUGAUGGAAAAAGACUCCUUUGUUGGAAGAAUAUUGACUGGUCGCAUCUCUUCUGGUGUACUUCGUGUUGGUGACAAAGUGCAUGGACUGCGUGCCACUGAUACAGGAGUUCAAAAGAUUGAGGAGGGAAAGGUUGUCAAACUGAUUAAAAAGAAGGGUACUAGCAUGUUUUCUGUUGACAGUGCUGGAGCUGGUGAUAUUAUUUGUAUGGCAGGUUUGGCAACUCCUUCAAUAGGGCAUACUGUUGCUAGUACAGAGGUAAUGGAUGCACUUCCUACUGUCGAGUUAGAUCCUCCAACCAUUUCAAUGACUUUUGGUGUGAAUGACUCUCCACUGGCUGGCAAAGAUGGAACUCAUUUGACUGGUGGAAAAAUUGGUGAUCGGUUAAUGGCCGAGGCAGAAACCAAUCUUGCGAUUAAUGUAAUCCCUACUUUAUCAGAGUCAUUUGAAGUACAGGGAAGGGGAGAGCUCCAACUGGGAAUCUUAAUAGAGAAUAUGAGGCGUGAAGGAUUUGAGCUAUCUGUCUCACCACCUAGAGUCAUGUAUAAAAUUGAAAAGGGUGAAAAACUUGAACCAUUGGAGGAAGUAACUAUAGAGGUCAAUGAAGAGCAUGUGGGUUUGGUCAUGGAAGCUCUAUCUCAUAGGCGAGGUGAAGUUGUUGACAUGGGACCUGUGCCUGGUCAUGCUGGGAGGACUAGAUUGUCAAUGAUAUGUCCAUCAAGGGGAUUGGUUGGUUAUAGAAGUGUGUUCUUCAGUGUCACACGAGGAACUGGAUUCAUGCACCGGGCAUUCCAGUCUUAUGGUAAGCACCGAGGUCCGUUAGGGAAUGUUAGGAAAGGAGUAUUGGUGUCCAUGGGAUACGGAGCUAUUACAGCUCAUUCACUGAUGGGUUUGGAAGCACGUGGGAUCCUCUUUGUAACUCCUGGGAUGGAGACAUAUGAUGGCAUGAUCAUUGGGGAACAUUCCCGUGAUUCAGAUCUUGAUGUUAAUCCUGCCCGGUGUAAGGAGCUAAAUAAUAUACGUGCUGCUUCGAAGGAUGAAAAUGUGAAACUGUCACCUCCCCGCCUUAUAACUCUAGAAGAAGCAAUUGGUUAUGUUCAGGCUGAUGAAUUGAUAGAGGUUACCCCUAAAUCUAUUCGGUUAAGGAAAAAAUAUCUAGAUGUAAACAAACGCAAAACAAUGAGCAAAAGGCCCAAGGAAUAAAGACUAAUUGAUACGCAAUAGUUCGUAGAGGUAUGAGACUUCGCUUGUACUUUGUUGAGCAAAUUCUGUGGGAAGCUCCAUUUAACGGAGGCAGAGUGAGGAACAGUGAGCUUUAAGCCCAAGGACUGAAGUUCCUGACCUGUUCCUGUUUCAUUUAUAUCGGGGAUCACAUCUAGUAGUGACCAGUUUUUGGCUUAAGAUUUUGUUGUUGAUUUAUAAUCAAUUUUUGAAAACACGGAAAAGCAAUUCAUCUUUUGUAUCAAUUUAUGGCAAUAAAUAUUCAAACAGGUAUAUAUGUUAUAUGUAUACAACUACACAUAUAAAACAAAAAUAAUGGUAUACAAGUUAUAUCUUGGACAU